AUUUUUUGAAGCUUCCACCAUUCAAAGCUCGCCCACUUGAUACAAAGUCAAUAAGGUCAAAAUAUCGGUCGUUUUCUAAGGCGGGCAACUCCUACCUCUCUUCCUCCAGGUAUUACUACACGUCUUCAUACUUCGUCUAGACGCUGCCGCGACCCGACCGCCAAAAUGUCUUUCGGAGGCCAGACCCCCACCAUCAUCGUCCUGAAAGAAGGAACCGAUACUUCCCAAGGCAAGGGUCAGAUUAUAUCGAAUAUAAAUGCCUGCUUGGCUGUUCAGGCGACCAUCAAGUCGACCUUGGGACCCUACGGUGGUGAUUUGUUAAUGGUGGAUGAGAACGGAAAACAGACGAUUACCAACGAUGGCGCAACGGUAAUGAAGCUACUCGAUAUUGUACACCCCGCCGCCCGAAUCCUGGUCGACAUUGCAAGAUCACAAGAUGCUGAAGUUGGAGAUGGGACAACAUCUGUCGUUGUUUUAGCCGGCGAGAUACUCAAGGAGGUUCGAGAACAUGUCGAGCAAGGUGUCAGCUCUCAGAUCAUCAUCAAGGGCCUACGAAAAGCUUCGACUAUGGCGGUAAACAAGAUCAAAGAAAUCGCCGUCAGGACAGACGAAGCAAACAAACGGGAAACGCUAACCAAGCUAGCCGGCACGGCUAUGACCAGCAAGUUGAUCAAGAAAGACACGCCGUUCUUCACCAAGAUGGUCGUGGAUGCUGUCCUAUCGUUGGAUCAAGAUGACUUAAACGAGAAGCUUAUAGGUAUCAAGAAGAUUCCCGGCGGCUCCCUCACCGACUCCCUAUUCGUCAACGGCGUUGCCUUCAAGAAAACAUUCUCAUACGCCGGCUUUGAGCAACAACCCAAGUCUUUCAAGAAGCCUAAGAUCGUCUGCCUGAACGUCGAGCUAGAGCUGAAGGCAGAGAAGGACAACGCCGAAGUUCGCGUCGAGCAGGUUUCCGAGUACCAGGCGAUCGUCGAUGCCGAGUGGCAGAUCAUCUACAAGAAGCUCGAGGCCGCUUACCAGACGGGCGCUAAGGUAGUACUCUCGAAGCUACCCAUUGGAGAUCUAGCAACCCAGUACUUCGCCGAUCGCGAUGUGUUCUGUGCUGGCCGUGUCUCGGCUGAAGAUAUGGAACGGGUCGUUCAGGCUACUGGCGCCACUAUACAAUCUACUUGUUCUGAUAUUCAGCCUCAUCACCUUGGCACAUGUGGUUCUUUCGAGGAGCGCCAGAUCGGUGGUGAGCGAUUCAACUUCUUCGAAGACUGCCCAGAGGCCAAGACAUGUACGCUAGUACUCCGCGGUGGUGCCGAGCAAUUCAUCGCCGAAGUUGAGCGGUCCCUACACGACGCGAUCAUGAUCGUCAAGCGUGCCAUCAAGAACCACAUGAUCGUAGGUGGUGGUGGCGCAUGCGAGAUGGAGAUUUCGGCUUACCUACACCGCUUUGCCGACAAGGACAUCCGGCACAAGCAGCAGGGGGUCAUCAAGUCCUUCGCCAAAGCCCUCGAGGUCAUCCCUCGCCAACUAUGCGAUAACGCAGGUUUCGAUGCUACCGACAUCUUAAAUAGACUACGUGUGGAGCACCGUAGAGGCCGUGUUUGGGCCGGUGUCGACUUCACCAACGAGGGUGUCGCCGAUAUGAUGGAGCGGUUCGUCUGGGAACCCGCGCUAGUCAAGAUUAAUGCCAUACAGGCGGCUACCGAGGCCAGCUGCCUAAUCCUAGGCGUUGAUGAGACGAUCCGCAAUGAGGAGAGUGCGCAGCCGCAGGCACCCGGUCAACCGCUGCCGCCGGGAGCGGCCCAGAGGGCAUUAAGGGGACGGGGAAGAGGUAUGCCAAGGCGAUGAAUAUGAUAAGGUCAUUAGGGGCUACGUUGCAUUCGAGAGGGCGCGCGGUGAUGUACCUAUGAUACCUAAAAGGCUACGCACGAUUCUUACAUGUCGGGUAUAAUGUGCGAGGUAUAGAUGACAUGAAAAAAGGAAAAAAUCAAAUCGAUUAAUUUUGAAUACUUGCUGGGUGAUGUGUUGGCUUGACUACCUACGUUCUGUUGUAAGGAGUUGGGGGGACACUCAGAGUUACCCCUAUUAUCUGAUUGAGCCCUGUCUUACUGGUAUGGAUGAGCCAGGUCAUCGUUCUGAUUAAAGAUUUGGUAUUCAAUAUAAGUAAGGUAUGACGGCCACUAAGAAUUAAAUAUUUCGGCCAUUCUCCCCAGCGGGUUAAUCUGCCAUUUUUUCUCGUCUCUCAUCCCGAAGGCUAUCUAUGUAACCUUAGUCAUCUCAUUUCCUAACUACAAACCCUAGCCCCUUACAUAUUACUUAGCCGGAGGACCUUGCAGUUUUGCUAGAUAUAAUGAACGCGAAAUAAUCGAAUCGUAUUCGUUAUUUUAUAGUCGAAGGACAGUCAAUCCCUUGCUACAUCGUUCGAGACCGAACGACAGAAGAUCAUACACACUAGAUACACUCAAGAAAUACCCACUUAGGAUAUGAACAUCAAACAUAUUGUAAAAGGUAA